AUGUUUACAAGAAAUAGACUACCUUACAAAUGCUGCGACUAGUAACCUUCCUAUUAGCAAUCGACUUCUAAGCCAUCCAACUGGUUUGAAUGGAAAUAAUGCAAUUAAUCAAAUGUCAAAUCAUAGAGACAGUGCAAUAUGGGUUGGGGGCAAUUCCCCUGCAAAUAAUGGUGUGCCUCCUAAAAGAUUAGGCAAUGUUGCAAUAAAACCUUCUAGACCUGCUCCAACAACUCCACCAACUGUUUUACCCAUAUUACCAACAAAUUCUUCGAGCCCACCAUUGGAUCAUUCUUUUCCUCCGCGUGAAGGUUUAGAAAUAGUUUCUCCUGAAAACGAUGAUAGUUCAUUCUUUCCUAGAUCAGCUGGUAAAUUAUAUAAGAGUGACGGAAGAUUUUCCGAUGAUGACCAACCAUCAUUUGACUAUCAAAGAAAUAAUAUAAUAUCGCCUGGUGAAACGACCCCUAUGGGUAAUGGAAUUGGUGGAUUAGAGACAAACACAAACGAUGAAAGUUACUUUGAAAAAGAUGUUGGGACUUCUGCUUUUAACAAAUCAAAAUUAGAUGGAUCCUGGAAAAUAUCGAGCCCAGUUGUACCUAGAAAUAUAGCUACUGCAUUUCCUCCGAAAAGUGCAGAUGAACUUAGAGAAGAAGAGUAUCAAUUGACAAAAGAUGUUCAGAAAAAAUUUAACCUGUCAGAUGAAAAAAUUUCGAAAUUAAUGAAAAAUUCUUCGAAAAAAAAUCAAGGAAUAUUACCAAUUAAUACAUCAGAUCCUCAGUUAGAUGAACUCAGUUUAUCGGUUGAAGAAGUAGAUAACACAGAAAAAUCAGAGUCAGAACUUAUGUUCGCGUCUGGGUCGGAAGAUGGCACUGUGAAAUUAUGGAAUUUAAAGGGCCCAAUUUCUCUCAAACCUACAGAUGUUCCUGAUAUUGAGCCGACAAUUACAUAUAGAGGUCAUACAGCGGCUGUAAAUUCAGUUGUUAUUUCUUCAGAACAGCACAGAUGUUAUUCGGCUAGUAUGGACUCUACAAUUCGCGUGUGGAAUCUGCCGCCACAAAAACGAGAUAAUUAUGGACCUAUCGGAAAAUUUCUUUUAUCUGAAUUUAAUCCUUAUUUUAUAGAUUCACCGUUGAACUUUACUACCUACAUUGGUCAUACGGAUGCUAUAUGGGAUUUAAGAUUAUUCCCUAUUUGUAACUUAAAUACCCAAUUUUUGGCAUCUGCAUCGGCUGAUGGGACAGUUAAAAUUUGGAAUACGGAAGCCGAAGGAUCACCCCUAAAAAGUUCGUGGGGAUAUUACGGAAACAACGGUGAACAACCGGUUAAUGGAGUUCGUCCACCAAUACCUACGUCUAUUGACUUUGUUCAUAGCGAUCUAAAGAAAAUAGCCGUUUCAUUCCAAAAUUCAAUUAUUAAACUUUAUGACAUUGAAACGGGACAAAGCGUUGUAACAUUUAAUAGUGAUGAAACAUACGAUAAAACUCCAGCUACACAAAUUAAUCGCAUCAUUGUCCAUCCUACCAUGUCACUAUUAUUUUCGGCACAUGAGGAUAAAUAUAUUAGAUUCUUUGAUAUCAACAGUGGUAAAUGCAAUUUCUCAAUGCUUGCUCAUCUGGAUUCAGUCACAACGCUUGAUAUUGAUCCAUCAGGAAUGAUAUUAAUUUCGGGAGGUCAUGAUAGUUCUAUUCGUUUGUGGGAUAUUGUAUCAACAAGACAAUGCGUUCAAGAGUUUGUAUCGCAUCGAAGAAAAUCUGAUGAAGGUGUAUUAUGUGUUGAAUAUCAUCGGUCUUUGCCAUGGAUGGCAAGUGGUGGUGCAGAUUCUGUA